AUCUGUAACUCCUGGAAACUGGACCCCACGACGCUCCGAUUCCCUCUGAAGGGCAUGCUGCCUUAUGACAAAGAUCUGUUUGAGCCACAGACAGGGCUGCUUCGAUAUGUGCUAGAACAGCCAUACUCGAGAGAGAUGGUCUGCAACAUGUUAGGACUCAACAAACAGCAAAAGCAGCGAUGCCCGGUGCUGGAGGAGCAGCUGGUGGACCUGGUGGUGUACGCCAUGGAGCGCUCUGAGACAGAAGAACACUUUGAUGCUGACGUCGGAGGAACGAGCCAGCUGCUGUGGCAGCACCUCUCCUCCCAGCUCAUCUUCUUCGUGUUGUUUCAGUUCGCCAGCUUUCCGCACAUGGUGCUCUCGUUACACCAGAAGUGUUUCCCCUAG